UCAGAAAAUGACUUUUCACAAUCAGGGAGUCGCUCAGCUCACUUUCAGAGCAAGUCAGAGCAUCAGCAGGCUUCCUAAUGAUGGCAGUUUGGGACAAAAAGGUUCUCUGGGGCUUCGUCUUCCUGCUGGCAGGUGCUGUGGGUCAGAGUGUGAACUAUCCAGCUCCUGUUUGUGCUGUGACAGGAUCGACCGUCACCCUCCUCUGCACCUUCACACCUCUGAGGUCUGUCGUUCAGGAUGGAAGAGAAGUUUCUACAGAGAUCUUCAGAGUCGUCUGGUGCCAGAACCAUCAGAUUUGUCAGGGCUCUACCCCGUCUGUGUUUGACAGCAGUUCACAAAACAACAACCCUCGUUACAAAUACCUGGGAGACAAGAAGGGAAACUGCACUUUACAGAUCACAGAUGUACAGAAGAAAGACGAGGCAACUCUUCGCUUCAGAAUGGAGGCUGAUGACAGCAGAGCACAUUUUACUGGACCUCCAGGAGUGAACGUCACAGUCUCUGAUGGGACUAGAAUGCAGAUAAAGAGCUCCAGAGGAGACAGAGAGCUGAGAAGUGGUGAAACCGUCACUCUGUACUGCACUGCACUCUGUACCUUCCACCAACUGGAGGUCACCUGGUUCAGAGAUGGCCACGCCCUCUCAGAGUCUGGCCCCGCCCUCCACUUAAACCCUCUGACUGCAGGGGAUUCUGGGAACUACACCUGCGGUUUGAAGAUGAACGUCAGCAGCCUCUCCCUGCCGUACAGCCUGAAGGUGGAGGAAAAGGAGAAAGAGGAGGAAGAUGAGGAUGGAAAGCUGCCUCAGACAGCCGGCGUGGUGAUCGGAGUCCUGCUGGCUCUGCUCGCUCUCAUCGUGGUGCUCUGCUUCAUCAGGAGGAGGCGAGCAGCAGCAGCAGAUAAACAUCAGAGAGCUGUGGGAGGUGAAGUGGAACAGAAGCAUCCUGACGCCAUCUACAGCAACGUCCUGCCGCCCGCUGAGCAGGAGGGACGGCGCCGCCCGCAGGAGCCCAGCCAGGCGGUGGAGGACGUCAGCUACGUCUCCGUCCACUUCAAACACAACAACCAGGCCCGACCAGCGGUGGAGGCCGAGGACGCCGUCAUCUACAGCUCAGUGGCCAGCAGAGGCUGACGUCACGUUUGUCUUUACCUGCUGAAAAGGUUCAUCGUUCCGAGCCUGGAAGUGUGAUGUCCACUCAGUCGGACAUCUGGCGAGCUGCAGUAAAGCUUCUUUUCUGCUGUAAACUCUAAACUUUAUUUUUUAUUAUUUGCUACAUGGAAACACAGCAGCGUCCUCUGCAGUCAGUGUAAAAAUGUAAAUCCCAGUCAGUCUCUGAACGUGUGUCCAGCCCAGUAACUGGAUCUGCAGUAAGGGGACACUCCUGUCCUGGUACUUUAGAUGUUUUUUCAUGCUGUGGUCUUUGAGACGGGAAAUCUUUAGGCUACAGCAGACAGUAGCUGCUGUUUCAUUUUGGUGUGGAAGAACUUGUCUGGCCCUGAGCCCUGAACUCAACCCUGAUCCAGCACCUUUGGGAUGAACUAGAGACUGUGAGCCAGGUCCUGUCGUCCAACAUCAGAUGCAGAAAUCCACCAAUUUAAUCAGAAAAGCUUCGAUCGGUGGAAUCACUGAAGUAAACCCGAGAAUCGAGUUCAACUUUAUUUUUAGUCCAACAUGGAGGAAGCUAACGUAGCUUAGCUGCGUGUCACCGUCCAGUUUUACUGAAGCUCCUCUGUCGGGGUGCAGAAACAGCAGAGGGAUCUCAUGUGUUCGUCUCUCAGGGAAAUUUACCAUCAGUCGACGCUCUGGUUCUUUUGCUGUACUUUGUUUUGGGAACAUGACGCGUUCAUACCGGUCAGAACUGGGAAAUGUCCGACUUCCAGCCUCGCAGCGUUCCAGGCGCAUGAUGGAGCCUGACGCCUCUCAGCACUCCCCUUGGUGCUGAUUAAAAUUUUAAUAAAAACAAGUGACUGAGGUGGUCGUCCUCAACAGUCAGUAUAUGUUGUAGAUUAUACUUCCUAAUGUUUUCAAAUGAUUCGGCAUUUUUAACAUUUGGCUGAAUAACUCUUGUGAAGAGAAGAUGACUUUACUGUAACCAGCUAC